AUGUGCGCGGCAGACCGGGCAAGGGCGGGGGUCACGUGCCACGCCUGCGCGGAAGGCUACGGGCUCUCCGGGGGCUCGUGCAGCCCGUGCACCGCGGCCGGUUGCGCCCGUUGCGACGGGGGUGUCUGCACCUCCUGCAAGAGGGGCUGGCACCUGGCGGGCGACCGCUGCCUGGCAUGCCCCUCUCCGUGCGCCGCCUGCUCGUCGGCAGCCAGCUGUCUGGCCUGUGCCGACAGGUACUUCCAGGCGACGCCCCUCGGAGGCCCCCGGGACUGUGUGCCCUGCGACCAGACGGCGCCCCAGGGGCUUCGGAUGGCAGGCAUCCACGGGUGCGGGCUCUGCCAGGCGCAGGCAGGGUCAGGCGCCGUCCUCUGCCUCCGUUGUGCGGACGGAAACCUCCCCCUGGAGAACUACUGCGGAGGCUCGUCGGUCAAGCGCCGCCUCGGCCCAGGCGCGAUCACAGGGAUCACCCUUGGCGUGACCGUUCUUGUAGGCGGGACCAUCGGGCUCACAUUUAGUUUGAUGGCAUCCAAGCAUAAAUCUCAGGCCAGCGGGCUCCGGCCAUUGACAGCUUGA